CCGCCAAGAAAAUAAGUCCCGAAAGCUUCAUUCCUCUGCAUAUAAAUACAUCCACCAUUUUUAGGGCUUUUCUUCUUUUUGCCGUGUCGAAAUUGCAAAGGGGAGUCGUCACUGAAAACUCGAUAAACCCUCAAUUGGUAUAAAAAGAGAGAUUGAAAAUGUAUCUGCAAUUUUACAUCAACGAUAAUGGCGACAAAGUCUACACCACCAAGAAGGAAUCACCUGUUGGUAAGGCCACAGAAUCAGCUCAUCCAGCUCGGUUUUCACCUGACGACAAAUUCUCACGGCAGAGAGUUUUGUUAAAGAAGCGAUUUGGACUCUUGCCCACCCAACAAACACCUCAGAAGUACUGAUGAUAACGGAUGUCACGUGCAGUUUCUGCUUGUUGCUGCAAUCAAUCUUUUGGUUCAUUGGGUAUUAUGUAAUAUGGAAUUGCCUUCAGCUAUGUUUUGUGAUCUUUAAUUCAUAUUAGGUAUCUAGAUGUAUACAAUUUUAAGGUUGUUAACUUAAAGAACAAGUUUUAUCAUUAUAUGUCAAGUUUUAAUUAAGUAA